UUCGGGCCGGCGGCUUUGAUGCGCGAUGCGGCCGGCUCGCUUUCUCGGGAUGUUGUAUGUGUAUGUGUGUCUUGCCCAUCUGUGCUGUGUGUCGGGUAUAAGGACGGAUUGUCGGAAAAGGGGGUGCUGGUCACAUCUCGGGUCAAGCGGUAAACCCUCUGAUGCUAUAAUGGCGGUAAACUUCCGAGUCAGUUACCUGCCUUCGUACACAUCUUGUAUGCCAACUGACGGCGGCUGCUGGAGUCAAGCUCGCCGCAGAUCGAAUACCUAUAACUAUUUGGGGAAUCAAAUCGAAGUCAAACAAAUCAAACCGGGUGGGCCGCCAUAUAUAAAAUAAAAAAAAGAAAUUUCAUCUUUGACUUGGGUCUAUUUGAAUAUUGAACCUGCCACUCCUCCACAUAGCGUGGCUCGGACUUCCAAGACACCAGAGUAACCGUUCCCUCUGCAGCCUCGGCCACCACAAACUUGACCCUGU